AUGAAAAUGCCCCAAAAACUCAACCCCAACUUACCCCUCUGGCUUUUGCUGCUUACCAUAUUCCGGGCCGUAGUCAAAUCCCAGCCCGGCCGUGCCUGCGACGCGUUAGCUUCCUACUACAUAUGGGAGGGCACGAACCUCACCUUCAUAUCCUCCGUCCUUUCGACCACCAUCAACGAUAUCCUCAGCUACAACCCCCAACUCACUAACCGGGACCUCAUCAACGCCGGCGACAGGCUGGUCGUGCCCUUCUCGUGCGGGCCGGUGAACCAGCUCUUGGCCCACCAGUUUGUUUACCAGGUCCGGCCCGGAAACACCUACCAGAGGAUUGCGGAGCUAAUGUACUCGAACCUGACGACGGUUGAAAUGCUGAUGAGGUUCAAUAUCUACCCGCCUGAAAACAUCCCGGCCGAUGCUCGGCUGAAUGUGACCGUGAAUUGCUCGUGCGGGGAUAGCCACGUGUCGAGGGCUUACGGGCUUUUUGCCACUUACCCUUUGAGGCCUGGCGAGAGCUUGUCGGGUAUAGCAAAUAAGUCCGGCCUGUCGGAGAGGUUGCUGCAGGAUUAUAAUCCGGGCGUCGAUUUUGGCGGUGGGACUGGUUUGGUUUUUAUUCCGGCCAGAGGUAAGAGCUGUGGUUGA